AUGAACAAUUGGGUUAUCAAGGUUGUUCACUUAAUGUUCCAGCUGUUCUCUGGCCUGAAUGGAGAUGGACAUCACCUUAUUCUGGAAGUGGUAACAAACUGAAAUGCUGUAGACCUGGUGGUCAACAGGGAGAUGGUAUUUCACUGCAAUGUCUAUGACCUGGAUUUUGGAGGUGAUGGCAAGUUAGAUCCACUUUGUGGAGAAGCCAGAAAAGCAGUGUAAAAUUCUUAA